GAAUCAUGUUCCAUGUCCCAAGUUAUCACUGCAAUCUCCUGUUAUCUCAAUGACAGUCUCCAUUGGUCGGCAAAUCUUGUCAGCUUGCAUCCUCCGAGGCCGCAGGUCCACUAGUUCGUCUCGCUUGACCCGGAAGGCAAUACACCACCGCUACUAAGGUCUAGUAGCGACCACCACCAAUUAUCCUGACCAACCACAAGCUACAUCGCUAGAACGUGCUGAACGACUCUGAUCUUGAUGGUUCCUGGUGCAUAUAGCAUGAUAAUGCAGCUCAUUUCUGCUCGCACAUAUAUAAUCCCCUCGUUAUUCUCCCCUUUUCGGAGGUGAUCAUCUCUAUCUAGUCUGCCUCAAGCCUCCCAUCGAUACACUUCGACAUGGCAGACUUUGACGCCUCGCACGAGCCCAGCAUGGGCGGAAAGCAGGAGUUCCCCGAGAUGAGCCCCAGCGAGAGGGACGCCUUCAACCGACUCCUUCGUCCCGAUGACAGUUACACCCCCGAGGGCGUCUACUGGGCCGAUCUCCCCAUCGGCCAGCGGAUCAAGUUCGUCCGCUCCGUCGACUCCAAGGAGAGCAGCCGCCAAUGGUCUCUCUUUUGGCAGCAGUUCAAGGCCGAUCCGCUGUCGCCGUUGAUGGACUAUUUCAAGAACGUCGUCAUCCCGGGUGCAGGUAUCGGUCUGGAAGGUUAUGUUCUCCUUUCCAUCGGGAACAUCUCGACCUUGUUCGGCAAGUCGUUUGAGUCCUGCUGGGGCAAGUACGAGAUCUGCUCCAAGACCUGGGUCUCGGCGGUGACCUACCUCGAAAUCGUCGGGAUUAUCAUCGGUCAGAUCAUGGUGGGUGUUAUCGGAGACUGGAUUGGCCGUCGCUGGGGUCUGUUGCAGGACGCUUGGAUCAUGAUCCUCGGGUUGGUGAUGUUGGUGGCCGCAUGGGGCACCACCCAGAACGGAUGGGUCAUCUGUUAUGCCUGGUCUCUGUUCAUCUACGGUGUCGGUGUCGGUGGCGAAUACCCGAUGACCGUUACAAGUGGUAUGGAGAAUGCUGUCGGCUCGGGCAAGCUGUCCACGCGGGAGGAUCGCCUCCACCGCGGUGCCAAAGUCAUUGGAUGCUUCUCCAUGCAGGGCUGGGGUCAGGUUCUCAACCAGGCCUUCCUCAUGAUUCUGCUUCUGAUCUUCAACGCCGGCAGCGGCAAGGAGCCCAUCAACCAGACCGCCGCCCAGUGGACCUACCGCAUCUCCUUUGUCAUUCCGCUGGUGGGCACCGUGUGGCUUCUGUAUUACCGUGCGUACCACAUGAAGGCCGCCAGCAAGCAGCUGGCCGCCACGAAGAAGCAGGCCAAGGUGUCUGUCACCGGUUACGACACCGAGUCCCUGCGCUUGACCUUCAAGUACUUCACCCCCCGGGUCCUGGCCACUGCGGGCGGCUGGUUUGCCAACGACGUUUUCUUCUACGGGGCCAAGCUGUUCUCCAGCGACUUCAUCGCCGUCAUUAGCCCCAAGUCCACCUCCAUCUUCACCUCGUGGCAGUGGAGUUUCAUUGACGUGGUCGUCACGCUGGCGGGAUACUACUUUGCCAUUGCCUUCGUCGACAACAAGCUGUACGGCCGCAAAUGGAUGCAGAUCUGGGGCUUUCUGCUGUGCUUCAUCAUGUUCGUGGUCCCUGCCUUCAAGUACGACUAUUACACCCAGCCCGCCCACAUCCACUCCUUCCAAGCGAUGUACUUCCUGUCGAGUUUCUUCAACCAAUUCGGCCCCAACUGCGUGACCUUCCUCGUCGCCGGCGAGGUCUUCCCCACCCCGAUCCGCGCCACCGCCCACGGCAUCUCCGCUGCGACGGGCAAGCUGGGCGCCCUCAUGGCCGGGGUUCUCUUCAACUACAUCGACACGCAGACGAAAUUCUACUUCGUGCCGUGGUGGGGCCUGCUGGGCAUGGCCCUGACCUACCUGUUCCUGCCGGACACCACCGGCCUCGAUCUCAAGGAGCAAGAGCGCCGCUGGAUCUACAUCCGCUCGGGCCGCGAGCACGAGUACCACGGUGUCGCCGUCCAUCCCAAGCACUUGUCCGUGUGGGAGCGCUUCCGCGGCGCCGCCAAGCACUACGACCCGGAGCUGGACUACCAGCAGCGUCUCCGCGAGUACCGCGCCGAGUGGGAGACCAAGAUGGCCCGCAUGAGCGAGGAGACCAAGCGCGGGGAUGAUGUCGAUGCGUUUAUCGAGGACGAGCUGCUCGAGGGUUCCGUGCAUGAUUACUUCUAUCGCACGAGUUCGCUGAGCACGGCUCAUACCGUGGGGAAGGAGACUGAGGCUAAGGAUCUGUGAUUGCACGGACAAGUGUGUCGGUCGGAUUGCAUCGGGGUCGAGGACUUGGAGACUAUACCCGUUUGCCUCAUCGAGGCGACCUUACGUAUUGUAAUUUUGUUGGUUUUUUCUGCUGUCUGGAACUAUGGAUCGGUUGGAUGAAAAAUUCGUUG